CUCCUUCUUGUUAAUCUUUCCUGGACUUGUGCUGGGUGUGCGGCAGGUCUGGGACCGGUGUACUGGGUCCUGGAAGAGAACCGUGCCCUGCCGAACAAUGAAUAAUUGCGUUCUCCUGGAAGAGCAGCUGAUCAAAAAAUCCCAGCAGAAGAGAAGGACCUCUCCCUCCAACUUUAAAGUGCGCUUCUUUGUUUUAACCAAAUCCAAGCUCGCUUACUUUGAGCAUCGCCAUGGGAAAAAAAGAACUUUGAAGGGCUCCAUUGAACUGUCCAGGAUCAAAUGUGUUGAAAUUGUGAAAAGUGACAUCACAAUUCCCUGUAACUAUAAAUAUCCUUUCCAGGUUCUUCAUGACAACUACCUGCUGUAUGUGUUUGCACCCGAUCGAGAAAGCCGGCAAAGAUGGGUGUUUACACUGAAAGAAGAAACCAGGAACAACAACAAUUUGGUGCCGAAGUAUCAUCCAAAUUUUUGGAUAGAUGGGAGAUGGAGAUGCUGUGCCCAGACAGAGAAGCUGGCAGCCGGGUGUAUAGAAUAUGACCCCACCAAGGACGCCUCCAAGAAGCCUCUUCCUCCCACUCCUGAAGAUAACUGGAGGUUGUUGGUAGACCCCAAGGAUGCUUUAGUAAUGGCCAUAUAUGACUACAAGGCUCAGAAUCCCCAGGAGCUGACCUUACAGCGCGGUGAGGAGUACUACAUUAUCGACAACUCUGAGGAUCAUUGGUGGAUGGUUCAGGAUAAGAAUGGUCACGAAGGAUAUGUACCAAGCAGUUACCUGGUGGAAAAAUCACCAGACAACCUGCAAAUAUAUGAAUGGUACAAUAAGAAUAUCAGCAGAAGCAAAGCAGAAAUACUCCUCAAAGAUGAGGGUAAGGAAGGUGCCUUCAUGGUGAGAGAUUCGAGGCAGCCUGGCACGUACACGGUCUCCGUUUUCACCAAGGCAUUAAGCAAUGACAACAACCCAGUUAUCAAGCAUUAUCACAUCAAAGAGACUGAUGAGAACCCCAAGCGGUAUUACUUGGCAGAAAAGCACGUGUUCGACUCCAUCCCUGAACUCAUCAACUACCACCAGCACAACGCAGCAGGUCUCGUCACUCGUUUGCGGUAUGCUGUUUGUUCCUGGAGAGAAAAGGCCCCUAUCACUGCAGGACUGAGCUAUGGAAAAUGGGUCAUAAAUCCUUGGGAGCUAACAUUUGUGCAGGAGAUUGGCAGCGGUCAGUUUGGGCUGGUCCAUCUUGGUUACUGGCUUGAGCAGACUAAAGUCGCUAUAAAGACCAUUCGCGAAGGAGCAAUGUCAGAAGAGGACUUUAUUGAGGAGGCCCAAGUCAUGAUGAAGCUCUCUCAUCCCAAGUUAGUCCAGCUGUAUGGUGUGUGCAUGGAACAGGCUCCCAUAUGCCUGGUGUUUGAGUUCAUGGAGCAUGGCUGUUUGUCGGAUUACCUCCGAAACCAGCGGGGCAGCUUCUCCAAGGAAACUCUCUUGGGGAUGUGCCAAGACGUGUGCGAAGGGAUGGCUUAUCUGGAGCAGAAUUCUGUCAUUCACAGAGACCUGGCAGCUCGGAAUUGCUUGGUAGGAGAAUCCCAAGUCGUCAAAGUGUCGGAUUUUGGAAUGUCAAGGUAUGUCCUUGAUGAUCAGUACACUAGCUCCACAGGCACCAAAUUCCCAGUCAAAUGGUCUGCCCCAGAGGUUUUCUCCUACUCCAACUACAGCACCAAGUCUGAUGUCUGGUCAUUUGGAGUGUUGAUGUGGGAGGUCUUCAGCGAAGGCAAAAUCCCUUACGAAAACCGGACCAAUGCAGAGGUGGUGGAAGAAAUCAACGCAGGACUCCGGCUCUAUAAACCCAAGCUCGCCUCCAAGGCCAUCUAUGAGCUCAUGAGCAGCUGCUGGAAAGCGAGGAAAGAAGACCGACCUCCCUUCUCUACCCUGCUCUAUCAGCUGAGUGAGAUCUCUGAAUUUGAUCUUUAAUCAGGACACCGGCUCACUGAGUGAAGCCGACCAAGAAGCUGGAGUGGGCUUACUACAGAGUUUUCCCUACACAAAGCAUUAACAAAAUCCCUCCUACCAGAGAUAAUGGUACUAGCCAGGUUGGGGCAGAGGCCUGAACUUCCAGCCAAGCCAAUCCUUUUCAAGAGCUCCAUGUUGAGAAGACGGAGACAGCCAUUUGGUUUAAGGCUCUCACAAACCAGCCCAGUGAUUUAGCGAAGAUCCCAGAGCCAGAUGACACAACACGCCAAUUUCUCAUGAGGAUAAUAAGGAUCGGUGUGUGGCCUCAGAGCUCAGGUAUCUGGCAUUGUGAUUUUAACCCUGGAAGCACCCAAAUGAAAGGAAACGUUAGCCUGCCCUGAGAAAUGUGUCUCAUCACUGACAAGGAGAGAUCUAUGUAAGAUAUUACCUCAUCCACCUUCUCUCUCUAAGAACCAUUCAGAUGCUUCCAAACUUGCCUGUGUCACAGCCGGUCUGGAGCAGGAAGGGAUGGAUGGAAUAACUGGGUACCAGGACACACAGAUCCGACAGGUGUUCUGGCUGGGCUUAGCCAUUGCAUCCUGUACGCUGAAGGGUUAAGACGGUGUCGUCUCUUAGCAUGAUUCGCUCUGCAGCUCUGGAGUAAGGGGUGUGGGAUUCUGGAGAGUGUAAAGUAGAAGGGAGUGUCCAAGUAAUAGGAACAUAAUACCUGAGAAACCUGUGAAAGAAACUGAAAGGUCUUUCAAAUGUUAUAUUGUUAGUGGGGGAAAAAUACAAAUAAAACCACACAUGCAGACUUUCUGGUGCAGUUGGGGAUGUCUGUGGAGGACAAACAAAGCUGAAGAAUGUGUGUGUCAAAAUUCUCAUCAAGACUUCUACAUAAGAAGAAAAAAUUGGCCUCCAAAGAUCUCUUUCAGCUUGAACACCAAAGGACAGCUUGGCAACGUACUGGGCAGAUCACGUCUGGGGCGGGAGCUCAGGGUCUCGUCAUCCAAGGGGAAAGGCUCCUUUCUAGAGCGACACAGGACUGGGUGUGUUUUCUGAAGAGAGGUGGACAGCAAGAGAGAAAGCGCGGGAUGGGAAUUCAACAGGCAUGUUCUCAGCUGGGUGACAAGGUUCUGUGGAGGAGGCAGGGAAGCACACGCAGAGAGAUGAAACGCUGCAGAGAAGUACAAAUGCUCAGUGCACUUGUGAUAAUAAAAUGAGACCUACCCUCCUCCCCACUCAAAAAACCCAACGGAUCCACCCCCAGAAAAAGACUUCUUUACCUCUUCUGUGAACAAAAUUUAUUGAGCCUUCUGGACACUUUUAAAAUCAGUGGAUUUACACAAGUGUAAUUGAGACCAGGCUCUGUUCCAUACAGCAUAUGCAGUCACUGACACAAUCAUUUGCCUAGUAGUGUGGAAAACGCUGGCCUGUAUUUUAUAAUCCAAGCUCCUACAUGAAUUGGAUGGACCGAGUAUUUCAUAUUGUGUUGGUCGCUGUGUGGUAGUAUUAGAAGAAGCUAUGUACCAUGUACCCAGCAUAUUUUAACUUAACUAAUAUUCUAGGAAAACCUAGGGACAUUCUUUUUUACGUAACCAAUCUCAAAAACAGAGUGCAAGCUUUGUUAAUCCCUAGGAUUGCUAAAUAAGAUCUGGGACUUUUUGCUAAGCAUUAGAAAUACAGAAAGAGUCUUGAAGGAGCAGUAUAUAAUGUGUAUAUAUCUCUAUUUUUAAUGUUACUCUGUUCAGUUCUUUGUUAGCCACUAGGUCCUGGAAUCCCUUCCAGCUUUACAGGUCUAUGCUAGGCACUGCUCCUAGCUUAUCCAUCUCCCACAUUUGAUUUUGUUCUGCAUUAAUUUCUUAGCAUGUGAAACUUCAUCAUGAAAUGUUUUCGCAGGCAGGCCAUCCUCACGUACAACCCAGAGAUGGGUCUGACCCAGCACCUUGGCUCCGAAUGCCACCAAAAGGUGGGGAUGUUUGGCCCCAGAUCCAAACUCCACUACUGCCCCUGUCUGUUUGAUAGUCUGAACCAAAACCUGGGGGAUGACCAGCCACAAAUAGAAUUCUGCGCUCUCGAGUUCCAUCUGAUUUCUCUUUGUUCCUCCCCAGUAGUUUCAGUUCACCCACUGCCAUGUUCUUGUGGCACCAAAUCUGGCCUAUAGUCACUACCCUGAAUAGGGCGCCAUGUGGAACUGCACCCUGGGGAGCUCAGAGGGGAAUUGUGAGCAGCCCAGGGCACAUGAGACUGCAGCAUUUGUGACUGAUGUGGGGGGGACUUGGCCAUGACUCUGCCUUCCCCCCGCCCUUUACCCACUGUGGGGCACCGAAGGGGUUCUUUCCCAAGCACAAGGACUGUAAUUGUGGCAGAUCCUUGUGCAGGAUGUGCAAAGGUAAGCGCCUUGCACAUUAGCCCUGCAUGUAAGGGACCAUCAGAGUGUGACCUCCCCCCACCCAAGUCCUGAGCAGGGUGCUAAUGUGUUUGUAACUGCAAUAUUGCCCCACUGGGUAAUGCCUUUAAGACAGUAUUUAUUCUUGGAUGAGGUAAAGGAAAUAUUUAUUAGUUACAAUUGAUUGCACUAAAUAAUACUGUUAAAUGUAAUGUUCAGAUCUUCUUGCAUAGGAAUUCUUUGUGUACAGAGUAUAUUUUUUUUAUAGUUAAU